ACUUACAGAACGAAAUGGAAGAUCUAGUAACUUCAGAUAGUAAUAAGCCAAUUUUCUGCGUUGAAUGUACCGAUCAAGAGGCUUCCAUAUUCUGUGAGCAAUGCGAUGAAGAUUUUUGUGAAGUUUGCCAUGGCAUGCUCCAUCGUACUGGCAAUCGUAAACAACAUACAGCAAAACAUUUGAAGCCUUUGCGACAAUCAGUCAAUGAAUGUACUGAUGAAGUGAAAGCAGAUGCGUUUACGGAACCCAGUCAUUUCGAAAAGAGAGGAAAGGAUGACAAAGAAAAUUUAGUCAUGAAGCAAAAUGCUAUGGAACUCGAUGGAACGAUUAUUAAUAAUGGCAGUAAUAACGGUAUCACAUUUGGAGAUUAUAUUACAAAACGAUCGAAAACAAUCCCACUACGUUUAGAUGCCGAAGAACGACAAUAUUUGAAACUAUUAGAGGCAGCAUUAAAUGUGUCAGAAUAUACAGAUAGGGUGGAUAUUUUAUCUUAUUCAAACAAAUCAAAAAGAAUUGUUGGGCAAAUCAAAGAUCUUUGCUGCAUCAUUUCUGGUUUAGUGGUUUGCGGGGACUAUAAGAAUGGCUCACAAUUAUUUGCAGAUAAAACUAUUCGCGAAAAUGCAACGACGUUACAGAAGAUAUUUGAAGUUGGAAGACGACAUAAAAUUAUGAACCCUGAAAAAAUGAGAUCAACGUACGGAAAAUUGAUGUACAUGCUUAUGGACUCUAGUAUACCGGAGGUACAGGAUUACCUUGGGUUUCCCUGCGUUAUUGCGGUCAAAACAGUAUAUGAUUUUCUGAAGAGUCGCGAAAGUGUUGAAGUAUUGCACGAUGAGAAUAUUGUCUUAGCUACCCGCGAGAUUACCUCUGACUUCAAAUCGCGUGAUCAAAUAGCAACUGAAGUGCAGCGUAAACAAGUGGCUAUUAAAAAUAUUUGUGAAAAAUACGCAAAUGAAAAUAUCUCAAAGGAUGAAAUUGAACGUUGCUUAUUAUCUAUGUCAGAUAAUAAUGCUUUCUUAGCGGCGAAUAGAGAUCCAUGCGAUAAAAUGCUCAGAUAUCUUCAAAAAUACUUCAAUCCUACCAAGCACGAUCAUGGUUACUCACUAGCUAUACAGGCCGGCCGCCACGGUCACCGCCUCACCCACUCACAUUCCGCACAAUACACGUACAUACAUCAAACCCUGACAUUAUGGCGAGAAAUCAUGAAUGAAAUGUUUUUAUUAUGGUGUAUGGCUGACGACGACCUUGUGGCCAGUGGCAGUCCUUACCGACUUACUAAUACAGGUCAAGGCUUACAACGUAUCCAACCUUGUCCUAAUGUCUCUAGAGUUGUUCAUAAAAUACUCAACCGCGUGCAUAAAAAGUGUGGGUCGUGGGUAGGUAGUAGCGUGGUCCAUUUGGGUGACAGAGAUGUUCCGAAUGCCUUUAUGUUUAUUGACAAAUACAAUCAAGUGGCACGGAUCCUAACGCCCAUCAUCAGCACACUGGAUAAACUGGAAACAUUAGGCAGAAAUGAUCCAGUGCUGGCUGACUAUAUUGACAAUGAAUACGGUGGGACUGAGCAAUGCAGAAAGGAUAUCCUACAUGACUUUUUCAGAUUUGGCUUCAAUGGUUCUGGAGCCGAUAACUACUAUGAUGCUGGUAGUUGCAUAGAUGGUAGGCUCACGUCUGCGUGGAAUUGGUGUUCAACGAUUGAGAAAAAACCUUUCUUCCCUAUAUUUCUAAUGACUGGCUUCGUUGGCUUCGAUGGCACUGACUGGAAUUAGCGGUUCGAUUAUAUGCUCGAGUCUUUUAGAUCGAUAAGUAGAAUAUGAUAUAGAGAAAGUACCUGUAUAUGAUGAGAUAAUUCUCGAUUAAUACAUUAAUGUUGACAUUUAAUAAUAUAUGUAUUUUUACUAUAAUGCACAAAUGUAAAAAAAGAUGAUGCAAACGCCUCUAUCUUUAAACCCAUGCCAGUCUUCAUCUCUUCUUAAACUUUAUACUUAGCAGUAUUUGUAGCUAUAUAUUUUUCCUGUGCCUGUUGUACUUCAGCUGUUCCUUUUUCUGUACGUGAAGUAUUUGGUCAAUGCGACUUCCCCUUCUAAUCAGUUUCCUUGCAUCCGAAUACCUUUUUUUUUUUCCUUUUUAUAAUAAAGUUACAAAGAUCAUCC